AUGUUUGUUUCCUCGCUUGCUCUAUUAGCACUUAUUGCUCCUUUGAUCGCAAUUGCGGUAAAAAUAGAACAGCCAGGAAUAAAUCCAAAUCCCACAGCUACUGUACGAAAUGGCACCUACUAUGGUCUCCAUAACCAGCACUAUAAUCAAGACCUCUUUCUCGGUAUUCCAUAUGCACAGCAACCUAUUGGUGACCUUCGCUUGCGGACCCCACGAUCAAUGAACACCUCCUGGCCAGUACCAAGAAAUGCAACAGAAUAUUCACCCGCAUGUGUUGGAUUUAAUCAGACAGAGGGUGCUUCCGAAGCCUGCCUUACUCUCAAUGUCGUCCGCCCGGCAAGCAUCGCUCUUUCUGAAAGUCUUCCCGUUGCUGUCUGGAUUCAUGGCGGGGGAUUCACCUCCGGCUCUUCAUCAGAGAAACAAUACAAUCUGUCCUUCAUCGUUGAUCAGUCAGUCCAAAUGGAAAAGCCCGUUAUCGCAGUCAGUCUAAAUUAUCGUCUUCAAUGCUGGGGUUUUAUGUGGAGCAAGGAGAUGAAGGAAGCCGGAGUAGGGAACCUGGGACUUAGAGACCAACGAUUAGCUCUGCAUUGGAUACAAGAAAACAUUGCUGCGUUUGGUGGAGACCCUGCUCAGGUUACAAUUUGGGGUGAAAGUGCCGGCGCUAAUAGUGUUGGCACACAUCUGGUUGCUUACGGAGGGCGCGAUGAUGGUAUAUUCCGUGCAGCUAUCAGUGAAAGUGGUGCCCCAAGUGUUUACCAACGUUAUCCAACACCUGCUGAAUGGCAGCCCUAUUAUGAUGGUAUUGUGAAUGCAUCAGGCUGCAGUUCAGCAACGGAUACUUUGGCUUGUCUCCGAACAAUUCCAACUAACAUAUUGCAUGGCAUCUUUGACAACACGUCUAUUGUACCCAUGCACGCUAUUUCAGGCCUCAGCGGAGCAAAAUUCAUUCCUGUCAUAGAUGACGACUUCAUUAAAGAGAGUGCCACGGUUCAGCUCCAGAAGGGCAACUUCGUCAAAGUUCCCUACUUGAUUGGAGCUAACGCCGACGAAGGGACUGCAUUUGCUGUGGAGGGAGUCAACACAGAUGCUGAGUUUCGCGAGCUAGUCAAAGGUUGGGGCCUCAACAACGCUACCACGGAUAUCUUGGAGGCCCUAUACCCAGACAUUCCUCAGAUAGGAAUCCCCGCCAUAAUGGUUGGAAGGCCACCGUCCGGAUAUGGAAAUCAAUACAAGCGUGUGGCCGCAUUUCAGGGUGAUGUUAACAUCCAUGCCGCACGUAGGUUGACCAGUCAGAUCUGGUCAUCCCGCAAUAUCUCAGUAUAUAGCUACAUGUUUGACGUUAUCAGCCCUGGAUAUGGCCCCUCUGCUGGUUCCUAUGCUGGGGCUACUCAUGGUACUGAUAUUCCGUACGUUUUCUAUAAUCUGGAUGGCCUGGGGUAUGACUCGAACAACAAGUCCAUAGAAAGCAUACCUAACAGUUAUUCCCGCAUGAGCAAAAUUAUGUCAAGAAUGUGGGUCAGUUUUGUGACAACAUUGGACCCAAAUCAUUCUGGAGGUAUGGUCCCACAUCCCAUUCCUAUGAUUGCGCAAUGUCAGACCCGAGCUGAAUCAACUAUCUUCUUAGGAACUAAUGUUCAGUGGCCGCCAUACAAUAUCGAUAAUCCGGAGAUAAUCUUUUUCGAUACCGAUGUCACGAACCUCACAUAUACUUGGCCCGCAGGUCUUUACGCCCACUGGUGGUAA